AUGGUUCGCGCGUCGUUGAAAUGUCUGCAGCUUUAUGGUUAUGAUUUGCUUUUGGGAUCCAUUGCUGCGUUUUAUGUAUUCAUGGUACCCUAUACGAAGGUUGAAGAAAGCUUCAACGUUCAGGCAAUGAACGAUUUCUUAUAUCAUCACCAUCACAUAGAUAAGUAUGACCAUUUGGAGUUUCCGGGAGUUGUUCCUCGCACUUUCAUUGGUGCCUUGGUUGUAUCAAUUUUGGCAUCACCGAUUACAUUGACAAUGAAUUUGCUACACUUGCCAAAGCUUUACGGUCUUUUCGCAGCUCGCUUGGUGUUAGGUUCAAUGAUAUUGUCUACGUUGAGAUUUUUUCGUGUUCAGACAGACAGAGAAGGGGUGGGGGGGAAGGGACUAGCAGUUCUUGUGAGCCUUUUGAAAGCCUUGUCUCGGAGAAUAUAUGGGUGUUUGCUUGGGUCUCUUGGUCGUGCUGUUCUGAGUUCACUGAGGAACAAUUUGAUCCUGGUACUUCCGGUAUACCAGUUGUGCUGUUCUGAGUUCACUGAGGAACAAUUUGAUCCUGGUACUUCCGGUAUACCAGUCAAUUUGGCAUAUGGGUAUUGGUUCAAGGGGAGUUUUUAUGCAGCAUUACAAUGUCUGAUUUGUGCUACCAUCAUCUUUAGAUGUGACAUGCUGCUACUUCUUUCCCCUUUUGGCCUAGAGCUAUUGCUGACCAAAUCAGUUUCGUUUUGGAAAGGAUUAAAAUGCUGCAUUGGAACUGCUUUAUUUUGCAUAGGUCUUACAAUGUUGGUUGAUUCAAUCAUGUGGAGGAAGUUGGUGUGGCCCGAGUUUGAAGUUUUUUGGUUCAACUCAGUUUUGAACCGCAGUUCUGAGUGGGGUACACAUCCCUUUCAUUGGUACUUCACUUCGGCACUUCCCCGGUCAUUGCUUGCUGCAUAUCCUCUCUUUUUGCUUGGGGUUAUACUUGAUCGGAGGGUUCUGUUCUACAUUCUUCCAGUUUUCUCAUUUGUUUUACUUUACUCCAAGCUUCCACACAAGGAGCUCCGCUUCAUUAUUAGUUCCAUUCCAAUUUUUAACUUAUCCGCUGCAAUUGCAGCUAGCAGAGUCUACAACAAUAGGAGGAAGAGUUUCUGGAAAUUGCUGAAUAUUGUUGUUCUGGGAUUACUCCUGGUCAGUCUAGGGUGCACCAUCAUAAGUUUUAUGGCGUCCUAUCAGAACUAUCCUGGUGGUUAUGCCCUAAAAGCAUUGCAUAGGAUGGGUCAAAAUCAUCUAAUGAUUGAUCUCUGUACCUUGGUUUUGUGA